GAAAUCAGAAACUUCGUUUCUCCACGUGCUCAGUUUGACAUAACAUCUUGUUCUUGCGCCACCUUAAUCAACAAAACUACAACUGUUGCGUUGGGUCUCUCUUAUAUGUAUAGGCAUUUUCAGAUCUAUCAAUCAUCCACAAUAUAUAAUUGUAAAGAAUGGAGAAGCCAUCUUGGUUUUGUACUGUUUUGACGCAGGUGUUUCUCUGCUUUGCUGUCUACCUUGCUCUCAACUUGGGUCAGCCUCAAAAGGCCAUUUACCAGAAUAGAGCUCUUGAUCUGUACUUCAUUAGUGUUAGAGGAGGCUUCAGACCUCUUAAGCAACAGACCCAUCUUCUGAGACUGGUCAAUCUCUCGUUUUUCUUAAUUGAAUUCUUUUGUUUCGUGAAUAUUUGUCAUCUUAUUUAUUGCAGUCUUCCCGGUUUUGUGAGGAUGGAUGGGGUUUGUGGGUAUGGCUUAUUUGAUGGAGAAAGUGGCAAAGACUUACAAUGCAAUUUUUGUGGUGAACACUAGUGAGCUUGGAGAGGAUGAUCCACUCAUGCAGAAUGGUACUCUGCUUUUCCCAUCACUGAAAGUUCCCUGGUACACUACUAGAACUAAGGAGGGACAUGGAGCAAGUUGCUUCCUAGAGCAGAUAAAGCUACCUUAUGGGAGAACCUUAGACAUAAUCGGUGUGGACACUGGGUCAUUACAGGAAUUAGUUCUUACGGGAUCAUUAAGUGAAAGUGGACAAAAUCAGUUACAUUGGCUGACAAGGACACUAGAAGCAACCAAUAGCAACUGGCGCAUGGUUGUUGGAUUCCAUCCAUUGGUUGUUUGUGAAGAGAAGAAAGAGGAAUUGGAGGCAAAUCAAUUUUAUGAGCCUCUACACCAUAUUUUCCUAAGAUUUGGAGUUAAUGUGUAUCUAAGUGGUCAGGGCUGCACUAACCAUGUCCGACGUGGUAACAUCGCUUACAUUGGGAAUCCGACUCCCAGAGAGAAUGAAUCUUAUGUGGCAUCUGUAAAUGGGAAGUCAGUCUUUAAUGGAAAAUUGGUUAAUGGGUUUCUCCUUCACAGAGUCAGCUCACUAGAGAUUGUAACCUACUUUAUUUCCAUGGCUGGGGAAGUUGUGCAUAGAACUGUAAUCCAACAGAGGGGUAAGGAGGUGAUGUAAAAAUUUCAUUUGAAGGAACAAAUUCUACCCGUUCUUCGAAGCCACGACGCGAUUGAUUCCAACAUUCUUUCCGCACUUGAAUUGUCCUCCCAACCUGCAAGAAAUUUUCCUGCAUAUAUUAUGCCUUUCAACCCUUUUGACAUUAAGGGCUAUCUGUGAUUAUUUAGCUUGAUUUAUUUUUUUAUAAACUUGUAGUUUCUUCUUCUAAAUAGUAGUUAUAUAUCAAGUCUAAAUGAUCCUCCUGAAUUGGUGUGCCAUUUCCCUAAUGAA